UUGGCCGAAAAAGCAGCGGAACAACACGGUUUUUAGCCAAGAAUACGAACAAGUUAACAAAGGAAACUAGUGUUUAUUUACAGUAUUGGGUAUUAAUAGAAACACAUAUUGACUGGGCGGUUUUCGUGCGAUACCGGACCGGAAAGAGCUGUUUUCCUCCAGAAAAGACAGUUCGUUUGUGGAUUUUACGACAUCUGGCAUUUGAACUUGUGUGAGCCGGCUGAGAUGAGUGGUCCAGAAGUGGCCAAGACACCAGGAGGAGGCGCUCCAGGCAAAGAGGGAAAGGAGCCAGUGGCCAAUGGGCAUGCAGGAGAGGGCAGUGAUGCCAACCCAUUUGCCGAGUACAUGUGGAUGGAGAACGAGGAGGAGUAUAACAGACAGGUGGAGGAGGAGCUGCUGGAGCAGGAAUUCUUGGAGCGCUGCUUCCAGGAAAUGUUGGAGGAAGAGGACCAGGAUUGGUUCAUCCCUUCGCGUGACCUCAACAACCAGGGAGUGGGGCAGCUGCAGCAGCAGCUCAACUGCCUGUCUGUAAGCGAUCACCACGGCAACCUGGAGGAAGUGGCGAGGAAGAGCAUCUUGAAUCCUGAAGCGAAGGAGUUUGUCCCGGGGAAGAAAUACUAGGAGUCCCCCUCACCCCCAUGGAGCCUUCACACGUACACAUGCGCACACACACACACACACACCAGUCCUCGCGUAUUCUCAGAGACUCUGGUGGCCACUAUUGUGGACACACUGAUUCUAACGCAUACACACACACACACACACACACACACACACACACACCUCUACUCAUGUAUACCCACUUGAAGUCAGUGGCGUGCUGGCAGGCCCAGUUGGGGGGUGGGGGGAUUUAUUUUUCUUUCUCUUUUCUUUGUUUCUUUAAUCUUUUUAUUUCCUGUUUGUUUCUUGUAAACUGAGGGAUGUUGGGAACAGUGGUGGGGGAGGGGUGUAAUACCAGAACCGCUCGACCGCGGGUGCUUGCUCAUCAUUGCAUUUCAGACGCCGCCGUUGAUGUUUGCAGAGCGUGCGGUGCUCGUCAAAGUCCCCUUUCAAACCGAGGCAGCUACUCAGGAGUGAUGCCAGGGUGAAAAUUAAAAUCCAGAACAUCUAAUGAAUUUUCUUCACAUACUCUUCUUCUAUUGGUUUGCUGUCGACUUGGGAAAAGUACACCUUCCACAAACUUGAGGGUUUCCAUAAGGGUGAGGUCGGAGAACGACAAAUACUUGAUGGGGACUUGAUGAGUGUCUGCUGCUCUGCGCAGUCAUCGCGGUCAUUCACGUACGUUAAUGUUUGCUCCUAUGAUGUCAUAAGCUCCCUGUGACUUCACAGUGCUUGUGCGUCAAGACAUGCAGGUUAUUUGUAUCUGCAGCGGCUCCACUCCAAACCAAAUACAGCCCCCACCCUCCCUGAGCACUCAUGUGAUCAGUGGUCAGAAGAAACAAGGAUGGGUGUAAUCAUGGAUGAAUUAUUUUUCCCAAUUUAUGUGGAAGUCCAUGUUUGUAUCUUUUGUCCAGUUUAAGAACAGAAUUGUGGGUUUCCCAAUUGUGCAUCAAGUUGAGUUAAGCAAGAGAAAUGUUAAUAUAGAGAAAAGGUCAAAGCUUUUGAACCUCAAUAAAAAAAAAUCAGUUAUUGUC